GAAGAGACAGCUCAGUGGGCAGAUGCUGUUAUAUCAGCCGGAGGUAUUCAUUUUUGUGGGGAAAGGUGUCGUGGAUUUAAGAGAAUGGUGAUGGCACAAUGUUGCUGGCUGCCAGUAAAGUAUUUGACAGAUGUAAGCCAGUUAUUGGAGUAAACACUGAUCCAGAAAGGUCUGAGGGUCACUUGUGUUUACCUGUGCGUUAUACGCAUUCCUUUCCAGAUGCUCUACAGAAGCUUUAUCGUGGUGAGUUCAGGUGGCAGUGGCGGCAGAGAAUCCGAUUGUAUCUUGAAGGAACUGGUAUUAAUCCUACCCCUGUAGAUCUGCAUGAACAACAGUUAAGCCAGGAGCAGCACAGCUGGGCCCACAUUAAUGGCAGAUUCCAGGAUCAAAGAGCAGAGAUUUCUGGGCCACAUCUUUUGCCUGUGAGAGCACUGAAUGAAGUAUUCAUUGGAGAAUCUCUGUCAUCCAGGGUGAACUAUAAGUCCUGCAAACCCAGUUUUAAAUUCUCGCUUCAUAGGGCCUCCUACUAUGAGAUAUCUGUUGAUGAUGGUCCAUGGGAAAAACAGAAGAGUUCAGGGCUCAAUGUCUGCACUGGAACUGGAUCAAAAGCUUGGUCCUAUAAUAUUAACAAGGUAGCAAACCAAGCUGUUGAAGAGAUCCUUAAAACUGUUAAAAAACAUGGGAGUUUGAAUCUUCCAUUGAACAGGGAAUUUAUACAAAAAGUAACAAAUGAAUAUAAUGAGUCCCUGCUCUAUAGUCCAGAAGAACCAAAGAUGUUUUUCAGUAUUCGAGAACCUAUUGUAAACCGGGUUUUCUCAAGCAGUCGGCAGCGUGGCUUCUCUUCAAAGGUUUGUGUUCGUUCCCGUUGUUGGGAUGCAUGCAUGGUUGUGGACGGAGGAACUUCUUUUGAGUUUAAUGAUGGGGCAGUAGCUUCAAUAUUGAUAGAUACAGAGGAUGCACUGCGCACAGUUUUGCUAGAAGACUGAAGGGACUUAAUACUCUCUGAAACUAUCCUAAAUCGUGAACCCAGAGAAGGGACUCUAACCACAGAGAUGGACAGCUCAUCAGAAGGCUGCAUUAUUUUAGGUUUGAAGGUUUGCUUCUCUGGAAGAUGGAGUCUUUGAAAGGGGAAAUUUUGGCUAACAGAUUUUUAAGCUUUGUUGCAUCUCACAGAAAGGAAACAUAUCUGAAGUCUUGCAUCUAACUUCAAUAUAAAUUAAUUUUUUAACUUGUAAUACACAUGACAGAAUACCUUCUUUUUUUUAAAUUAGGUAGAUGGGUUCAAAUUAAAUAUUAAGUGGUUAACAUUAAAUAUUCAGAUGUACAGUUUUUUUAAUAGCAGUCUGGGACUGAUUCAAUCAUACUUCUUAAUCCUUCGUAUGUAUUACACUUUUGUAGGAAAGCAGGCUGUCAAGACUUACUGACUUGAUGCAAGGAUAAGACUUCGGUAAAUAAAUCCUAAUAUUGACCUAACUAAAAUGGAAGUAUGGGCUUUUUAUAUGCUUUUCAAGAAUUGUACAGCUCCAGUGUGAUAUGACUUGUGGGAGAUCUUCUGGUUCUUUCAGUGAUUUUUUUUUUUUUUUUCCUACUCUCUGAUACUUGCACCUUUUAAGAUUUAGAAAAUGCUUUAUCUACAGAGAAAUUCUUCUUUUUCAUUUUUGCAGGAUGGCUUUCAAGAUCUCUGUUUGGAAAGAGAAAUUCACUUGAAACCUUGAGUUUUUGGUCACUUGCUAUACAUCAUUGUACUGCAAAUUGCUUUAGCCAUAGGAAAUUAUGCUGUCUCCACAAAUACAUUAAUUGCCCAGCAAGUGUUCUGUGGAUCAGACAGAAAAUAGCAUAUCUGUCUAGUUAGAGUUAGUAAGUAUAAGGUUUGUUGUUUGGCUACAUUUUACAUGAAGGUGUAGAAAAUGCAUCUUUCUGCCAAACAUGUGGAACAUGUUUGUGUUCUACUAGAGGGGGCACAAGGUUAAUAUUGAAUCUAUUUUCCAAUCUGUACAGUAGAAUAAAAAUACUUAACCACUCUGUGAAACAUUUCGGUAUUCAUGAAUGAAAAAUAAUGUAAGUGCUAAAUGACUGCCCUGAUGCUCAUCAGGGAAGAACCAAUUUACAGUAUAUGUAUACAAUGCUUGUAUAGGUUUGACUACUGCACACCACUUCAUUAUCUGCAGAAAUAUAAAAUAUACAAAAAAACCCCCAUGUAAGCAGUUGGAUGGCAAAAGAGUAACCCUCCGUUAUCAUCUGAAGAAACUAAGUCCCACCUUUUUCAAGGUGGUCAUAACUGCUGAAAUAGUGUAUAUAUUACAUAGCAGAAUUUGUCAGAAAUGGAGCUUGCUAGAAUUGGAACAUUUGCACGUGACUUACAGCAACAAAACAUUUGUUUGUACUAGAGAUUUAGGAUUUAUAGUGCAGAGCUAGUCAGAAGGUCUAAUUGCAGUGCAUUCAUUGUUUACAUUUUGAAAUGUGAAUAACAGCUAAUUACCAGGUGGUAAGUAGGAAGGUGAAUUCCCUUUAACAGGAUGAGAAAAUAAAUUUAUUCUCUCAGUACAAAGUCCGAAAACUUAAGUGUGAAGAGUUUCAAAAUGGCUGCUCGGUUUACAUUAGGAAAGCGGUGCAUGAAAUUGGUGAAUGAAUGGAGUCAUUGUAAUGAAUUCAGCUGUAAUUAAAAGUAUGUGCACACCUUGGGUAUAAUCCCCCCUUUUUAAAAAUGUUCUGAAGGUUGAAGUGUUGCAUAAAAAAAUUGGCAUUUGGAAGACUGCUGAAGUGCAACUGGGGAGUGGAAUCAAAUUAGCCAGAUUGGCUUUUCACAAACCGUUGAAUCCAUUGGGAUUUGAAUGUUACAAAACUAAAGCUUUUUCUGCAUGUACCAUAAAUAACCUGCAUGGUUUUUGUUUGUUUUAAGUAAGGGUUAGUCCAUGUUAUGGCUCAAUUUCUAAAAGAUCGUGACUGCAGGAGCUAGUGUGUUCCAGUUAUUUCACAAAGUGCCUCUUGACUGUAUUUGCACACUACCAGCCAGUACACUGCUGUGGUAAAACAUUUUCAUGAAUAAACACUUGCAUGAUUGACUGUGA